CAGGAUGAGUUCUCCAUUUGUGUUGAGUCUGAAUUAUGUGAUAGUCCUUCUCAAACUUAAGCUGCCUUCUGUCUCUACAUUCCCAUGAUCCCCGCCUUAACCAGUGAUACCACAAACCGCCAGUAGAGGGCACUGUAGUUCCAUGUGUGGGAAAGGACAUGGUUCAAGGUAUACCCUGCCCAGGCAUUUUCUUCACCUUAUACUAAUUUCUCUCCCUAAAUAAUGUCCUAAAUUUCUUCGAGAGACUCCUGGCCUUGGUUAUCAAGUUACUUGGAGGGCUGCCUAGAAACCUGUCUCCCUCUGAAAUAAAAGUUUCUUCAACUUCCACUUUGCAGGUAGCCUUCUGGUUUCCAGUGAUUCCCCUCAUGAUCUCUGCAGGAAGAUUUAAAAAUUUUGGACAAUGGAGGAACAUCUGUUUUGUUCUGUUUCAGAGAUCAGUACCAAUAGCUAGUAACUUUUGAGUGCCUACUCAGUGUCAGGCUGUUAAAUGUGCAUGAUCACAUUUAAUCUUCAUGAAUCCAUAGAGUAGUUUUAUCCCUUCUUUAUAGACGAGGAUGCUGAGAGCUCAGGAUCAGAAUCUGCCCUAAGGUCAGGGAGCUGGGAUUGGUGUGCAGAUCUGACUAGGAAGCCCAAUCUCUUCUUUCUCUCUACUAGCUAAAAAAGGCCUGAGACUGCAAACCAAGGGCUUGGCUUAAGCUACAGGCAGAAAUCCGUGCUUACUACAGACCGGGGUAAUGGAUCUUGCAACUAUUAGGGUGCAGUGCCUGCUAGGAAGUAGAAAAAUUGAUGGUUUAGUGCCUACAUGUACUAUUCAGGGCCUGAUUAGGCAUUGAUCCUUCCUCAGACCCCUCUGGGUAGAAGGUGGAGUUUAGCAUCGUUAAUCCAGAUACCCUCUCAUCUGGUCUGCAUGAUGGAAAUCGGUAUUUAGUGCUGACUGCUACCAGUUCAGAGGCAAGGAGGAGACUGUACGUGUGGAAGUGGUACCUUGAACUAAACCACAGGACAGAAAAUUGGAACAGAAUAAAUCAAGGUCAGAUAUUUCCUGUCCAACCCACAGGGAGGAGUUUUCUCCAUCCCUCUUCAUCGUAGUGAAUAUAAACUGUAACCUGAUGUCAGUAACUAGAAGGAGCGGCUGGUAGGACUCUGAUUUCAGCUCUCAGCAGCCACCAUGAAUCUCAAGGUAGUCCUGGUGCUCCUGGCACUGUCCCUUAUUACCAUUUUUGUCCUGGCCUAUGUCUUGCUGACCAGCCAAGGUGGUUCCAGCCGGCCUUCCCGCUGCCCCUCUGUAUCCCAGAGUGCCUCGCCCUGGACACACCACAGCCAGAGCCAGCUGUUUGCAGACCUGAGCCCGGAGGAGCUGACCACUGUGAUGGGCUUUCUGACUCAGCGGCUGGGUCCAGGGUUGGUGGAUGCAGCCCAGGCCCGCCCCUCGGACAACUGCGUCUUCUCAGUGGAGCUGCAGCUGCCCCCCAAGGCUGCAGCCCUGGCCCACCUGGACAAGGGGAGCCCCCCCCCUGCCCGGGAGGCACUGGCCAUUGUCUUCUUUGGUGGACAGCCUCAGCCCAACGUGAGUGAGCUAGUGGUGGGGCCUUUGCCUCACCCCUCCUACAUGCGGGAUGUGACUGUGGAGCAUCAUGGAGGUCCCGUGCCCUAUCACCGACGCCCCGUGCUGAGAGCUGAGUUUGCUCAGAUGUGGAGGCAUUUGAAAGAGGUGGAGCUACCCAAGGCACCCGUCUUCCUGGCUUCUGUCUUCAACUACAACUACAACAGCUCCACUUUGGCAUCUCUGCCUGCCACCCCCAGUGGCUUGCGCUCAGGGGACCGAGCUACCUGGAUGGCCCUCUAUCAUAACAUCUCAGGUGUUGGUGUCUUCCUUCACCCUGUGGGGCUGGAGCUACUGUUGGACCACAGGGCCCUGGACCCUGCCCACUGGGCUGUCCAGCAGGUCUUCUAUCUCGGGCACUACUAUGCAGACUUGGUCCAGUUGGAAUGGGAGUUUAAGGCUGGCCGGCUGGAAGUGGUUAGAGUCCCUCUGCCCUCACCACAUGGGACCUCGUCCCUGAGGUCUCGGGUCUCCCCGGGUCCUCUUCCCCCUCUUCAGUUCUCACCCCAGGGCCCCCAGUAUAGUGUACAGGGGAACCUGGUGGUAUCCUCCCUCUGGACACUGGCCUUUGGCCAUGGGGUGUUUAGUGGCAUGAGGAUUUUUGAUAUUCGAUUCAAGGGUGAGCGAGUUGCCUAUGAAGUCAGUAUCCAGGAAUGUCUGACUGUCUAUGGUGCUGACUCACCCAAGACAAUGAUGAUCCGAUAUUUGGAUAGCACCUAUGGACUUGGCGGGAACAGCCGAGGCUUGGUGCGGGGAGUGGACUGCCCCUAUCAAGCCACAAUGGUGGACAUCCAUGUAUUGGUGAAUAGGGGGGCUGUCCAGCUGUUCCCCGGGGCUGUGUGUAUCUUCGAGGAGGCUAAGGGAAUACCUCUUCGAAGGCACCACAAUCACGUUGAGAGUCAUUUCUAUGGCGGCUUGGCCAGCUCAGCUCUCGUGAUCAGGUCUGUGUCAUCCGUGGGCAAUUACGAUUACAUUUGGGACUUCGUAUUGCAUCCAAACGGGGCACUUGAAGGGCGGGUCCACGCCUCAGGUUAUAUCAGCACAGCUUUCCUGAGUGGGGGGGAGAGCCUCCUCUUUGGGAACCGUGUGGGGAACCAACUGCUGGGGGCGGUGCACACGCAUGCCUUUCACUUCAAGCUGGACCUGGAUGUGGCAGGGCUGGAAAACUGGGUGGUAGCUGAAGACGUGGUGUUUAAACCUGUGGCGGCCCCUUGGAGCCCGGAGAACCAGCUGCAUCGUCCACAGCUGACUCGGCAGGUCCUGGGAAGCGAGGACCUGGCAGCUUUUAUCUUGGGCAGUCCCCUGCCCCGCUAUCUUUACAUGGCUAGCAACCAGACAAAUGCCUGGGGUCACCAGCGUGGGUACCGAAUCCAGAUUCACAGCCCCCAUGGCAUACACGUGCCCCUGGAGAGCAGCAUUGAGAAGGCCCUCAGCUGGGGGAGAUACCAGCUCGCGGUGACCCAGAGGAAGGAGGAAGAAUCACACAGCAGCAGCAUCUAUUACCAGAAUGACAUCUGGACCUCCCCUAUGGCCUUUGCUGACUUCAUCAACAAUGAAACCCUCUUAGGAGAGGAUCUGGUGGCUUGGGUUACAGCAAGCUUCCUGCACAUUCCGCAUGCAGAAGAUGUCCCCAACACAGUGACUCUGGGGAACAGAGUUGGCUUCUUGCUCCAACCCUAUAACUUCUUUGAUGAGGACCCUUCCAUCUUCUCCCCUGGCAGUGUCUACUUUGAGAGGGACCAGGAUGCUGGGCUCUGCAGUGUCAACCCUGUGGCUUGCAUCCCACACCUUGCAGACUGUGUCCUGGACUUGCCUCCAUUCUCUUACCGAGGCUUCUAGACCUGAGGGUGUUGUGGGACGCUGAGGUGAACUUGUGAGUUGAGGGAGUAGGCAUGCACCUUCCUCUCUGUUCCCAUUUCCUGUUCCUUGUGUUUCUAUCACAUCUCCCCAGACUCCCAACCUCUCGAUGCUUUUUUGGAAACACCCUCCUCCCACAUCCACUCCCCAUCUAUUCCCAUAUAUCCCACUGUUUAAGUCUUAGAAUUCUGUUCAUUUUUUCAGAAAUAAAUUUAUGAAAAGUGAUUUUUUAAAGCGAUUUUUGCUAUA